AUGACGGGCAACAAGGUGUCCGAGGCGACUCGUGAGCGAGAGACAUUCAAAUAUGACUCGGUCCUUGUUGCUAACUCAGUGCGCAAUGAUGUCACGAAUCUCAUCCCUCCCUCAUCAUUGCGACCAUGCUCGGAUCCUGCCAUGACAGCUUUGGCCCAGGUCGCCCUCUUGAGGCUUGGCGCCUCCCGUGCGAUGAUCUCCUUGUUUGACUGCCAGAACCAGCAUGUUAUUGCAGAGGCUACCCCAGAAAUGCCGAUAUCAGCUCAAGCUAACCCUCCAGUGUCUGGACCUGACAGCCUUUGGCUUUGCGGAACCUCAAUACCUCGGGGCUUUGGUGUUUGUGAUGCUGUACUGGCUCCUCCCGAGCCUGACGAUAUUUCACAAGUCACAUCGUCUUCAAAAUUUCCCGUCAAAGUUAUUAAUGACCUUGCUACAAGUGAGGAGUUCCGAGAUACAUGGUACUAUCAGUCACGACCAGAGCACCGUUUCUAUGCAGGCGUUCCCAUUCAGACCCCACGAGGGAUCAACAUUGGUGUAUUUUGCAUUCUGGACCGCAAGCCACGAGAUUCAUUCGAUGACGCAUCUAUCCGGAUUAUGCGAGACAUCUCAGCAUCCAUCCUGGGACAAAUGGAGCUGACGCGAUCUGGAGACGGGCGACGGCCUGGGGAGCGUAUGGUACGAGGAUUGGGAAGUUAUGUCGAGGGAAAGGCUACGAUGUCUGGCUGGAGGUCCAGUUUCACGCACGCAUUUGACACCGAUGCUGGCACAGAAGAAGGGGCUCUUAAUCAAACGCAACAAAGUUUGCAGAAUCGACAUGAACAUGCUUCAUCUAUUGGGAGUUCCGAACAAAUGGCAACACCAGACACUUUCGUUCUCGAAAGUCCGAUGGAAAACCGGGCCUCAAGCCCUUUUCAUCACAUGGAAGAUUCUCCUCAUCCGAUUGCCGCAGGAGAAGAAUCGCGGCAAAGCCAACUAAAACAUAUUUUCUCCAAAGCUGCCAAUGUUCUCAGAGAGUCGAUAGAGGUUGAAGGGGUUGUCUUCUUGGAUGCAAGCAUAGGUACCUUCGCUGGCAGGGUUCGAUCUGGCUCCGUUCGACGCGAAAAUGGGACUCACGAACGCUCGUCAUCUUCCUCGUCUUCUUCAUCCACAAGCCGAGGCCAUGUUUCUGUGUCUUCGCCCAGAGGUUCUGGCGACUCAAAAGGCAACAUGUGCUCUGUCUUUGGCUUUUCGACUUCUAUGUCAUCGAGCAUCAAUGGCGAAGCACCUACAGGGCGCAGUCAAGCCGUCCCCGAACGGCAGCUCCAAAGGCUCCUCCGACGGUAUCCGAAGGGCAAGAUCUUUAAUUUUGACAGCCAAGGAGUGAUGGCCUCGAGCGACCCGACCAGCGAAGAUUCAGUAAUGGCUGCGUUUCAGGUUAACAAAGCUCGAGAUCUACAAGCAGACCGACCUGGAGAGAACAACAAGAAUCGAAGCGCAAGGGAUCCCUUUUCACGACGAAACGAGGGUAUGGCUAUUCGUGACCUCUUUCCAGGGGCACGAAGCGUCGCUUUUGUACCUUUGUGGGAUUCGCACCGCCAACGUUGGUUUUCAGGGUGCUUUGUCUACACCAUGACACCGACUCGUAUUUUCACAGUUCAGGGGGAGUUGAGUUAUCUCACAGCGUUUAAUACGGUCAUCAUGGCCGAUGUUAUAAUGAUGGAGAGUGCGUUUGUGUCAAUGGCUACCACGUCUUUGCUUAGCUCACUAUCUCACGAACUGCGUUCUCCACUGCAUGGAAUUGUGCUAUGUGCAGAGCUUUUGCGUGAUACCUCGCUUGAUGUUUUUCAAGGUGAUGUGCUACGCUCCCUCGAGGUCUGUGGGCGGACUUUGUUAGACACGAUCAACCAUUUGCUCGACUGGACGAGGAUCAACAACUUCGCAAAAGCACCCAACGUGCAGCCACUCAGCCUAGGCAUGUCACCAAGGAGGGGAACACAAUCGAAUAAGAAAAGCUCGCCGACAGAUGGCAUGAUGCGUAUCAACUCGAAUCUCGACGUGGAUAUGCUGGUGGAAGAAGUUGUGGAAUGUAUACACGCUGGCCAUACUUAUCAGCAACAAUCUGUCUCGUUGCUAGACGAUCGCAACUCGGGAGAAGAGCUUAGUGGUGACCCCUAUGCCCGCCUAGAUGGUAUGGACUUGGCGGAUAGCAUCAAGACACGAAACCAGAAGCCAAGCACCAUGGCUGGUCCCGAUAAGGUGCUUGUGAUCUUGGAUAUUGACCCGGCCGUAGACUGGGCAUUCCAUGUUGAAUCUGGAGCUUUUCGACGAAUAAUACUAAACCUUUGCGGCAACGCUCUCAAGUACACCACCAGUGGUUUCGUCAAAGUUGCUGCCUAUCAAGACCCCCCAAGCCAAGGACGACCACGAGAUAGAGUUGUUCAUAUUGACAUCAUGGAUACGGGAAGUGGCAUUGGGCAGGACUACCUUAACCAUCGCAUAUUCUCCCCGUUCUCUCAAGAAAACGUUCAUUCUUCGGGCGCCGGACUCGGGCUCAGUCUUGUGCGGAAGUUUGUGAGAGCUCUUGGUGGUUCCAUACACGUCCAAAGCAAAGUGGGAACUGGAACCCGUGUCGCUGUGAAGCUUCCUCUGCAAACUGCCAGCCCUGAAUCAACCGAAACGGCGUCUGAUCGCGAUGAAUUCAAAUCCCAGGUCAUUGAACUGUCUCGCCUGCGCGUCUCCAUUGAUGGAUUCUCGCCUCCACGGAGGAGCAUGCAAGGUCCACGCUGGGGUUCUGGAGAGUUCGACGAGUACAACUCACUAGAGAAAGUUUGCCGCAAUUGGUUGCAAAUGGAAGUUGUCGGCAACACAAGUAACGAGACCUUUCUUCCAGACCUGGUUCUUUGCGACGAGUCUCAGUUCGAGUCAAUGGCAAAUCAGCCCCGAGCUGAGCUGUCAUCGCCAGUGGUGGUGGUGUGCCGCACUGCGGCAGUUGCUCGACAGCUUGACCAAUACCACAGGUCGCAUCCCGCCGACCGCGCAAGUGUUUCGACAGCACUCGAUGAGCCACCUACUGUGCCAGCAGUCGAGCCAAGUUCAUCUGAAGAUGGACAUGGUAAUAGAACCGCCGGUUACUUUGAUAUUGCUCCGAAACUAUCCCCUCAAAAGAAGAGGGCAAGGCCGGAUGACGAUGAAUCACAGACUCCAUUGCCAUCGGCGCCAGCUAUACGACCGGCUCCUCCAUCACCAGAAGCCCGAUUCCUUCUUGUGGAGGAUAACGCCAUUAAUAUGAAGAUUCUUCAAACAUAUAUGAAGAAGUUAGGGUUAGUGUAUGACACGGCAUCGAACGGGCAGAAAGCUGUGGAGUCAUACAAAGCCAAGAGAGGGAUUUAUAAAUGCAUUCUGAUGGAUAUAUCUAUGCCGGUGAUGGAUGGAUUUGAGGCAACACGACUAAUUCGAUUAUUUGAGAAAGAGUCAGGUCUGCCACGAAGGCAAGUAGUGGCUAUCUCUGGUCUCGCCUCAAAGGAUGCACAGGAAGACGCAUUUUCCAACGGACUGGACCUGUUUCUCUCUAAGCCAGUUCAGUUGAAGGAACUCAGUCGGAUUCUUAAGAGCCGGGAGCUUAUUUGA